AUGAGGUGCACUGAGAAAGAGAAGCUGAAGAUCCGGAUGUCCAAGGAGGCGAAGGAAAGAAACUUAUUUCUAGACAACUACCAAAUUUACCACUCUGUCUGGGCUGCAGCACAGGCAUUAAAUACUGCAUACUCUUCCAGAAGUGAGAAGAUGAGGAAGAAGGAUAGAGACAGGAUGGAAGUUCAUAAAUUGCAACCAUGGCAGCCUCUGCCUUCUUCCAAAUGUGUGGAAAGCUGCCAUCCAGGUUUUAUCAAGGUGCCUUGGGAAGGGGAACCCCUUUGCUGCUAUGAUUGCCUUCCUUGUGGAGAAGGGACCGUCUCCAUUUUGGAAGAUGCAAAAAAAUGCCUGACCUGUCCAGAAGAUCAAUAUCCAAACAUGGCCAAAGUUCAAUGUAUCCCUAAAAGGAUAACUUUCAUGUCCUACCAAGAAUCUUUGGGGAUCAUUCUAGUCUUUUUUAUCUUACAUUUCUCCAUCACUACUGCUCUGGUGUUAGGAAUCUUCAUUAAACAUCGAGAAACUCCCAUUGUCAAAGCUAACAACCGGGAUCUCUCCUACAUCCUCCUGGUCUCCCUCCUGCUUUCCUUUCUGACUUCCUUUCUCUUCAUUGGUCAGCCAAGAACACCCACCUGCCUUCUCCGUCAAACAACCUUCAGCAUCGUUUUCUCACUUGCUGUCUCUUCUGUCUUGGCCAAAACCAUCACAGUGGUGCUGGCCUUCUUGGCCACAAAGCCAGGAAACACCAUGAUGAAAUGGCUGGGAAAAGCUUUGACCAACUCCAUUGUUAUUUCUGGUUCUAGUGUCCAGAUUGCCAUUUCUGCCAUUUGGUUGGUUAUCUCUCCCCCUUUUCCUGAUUCUGACAUGUAUUCCCAGCCUGGAGAGAUUGUCCUGCAAUGCAAUGAAGGGUCUGUUGCCAUGUUUUAUGGAGCCCUGGGCUAUAUGGGCUUCUUGGCUGUUGUCUGCUUCGCAGUGGCUUUCCUGGCCAGAAACCUACCUGGGGCUUUCAAUGAAGCCAAGCUGAUCACUUUCAGCAUGCUGGUCUUCUGCAGCAUCUGGAUCUCCUUCCUACCCACCUAUUUGUGCACCAAAGGGAAAUACAUGGUGGCUGUUCAGGUCUUCUCCAUCCUGGCCUCCAGUGCUGGGCUGCUGGGCUGCAUCUUCAUCCCCAAGUGCUAUAUUAUUAUCCUCAGGCCAGAUCUCAACACAAAGGAGCAGCUUAUGUUGAAAGUAAAGUAA